AUGCUUCUUGACGAAGACCCUGCUGCGCUCAUCCGAGCGACAGUGUCCAAUUUCAACAUUGCGCCAGACAAAGCCGCCCUUUCGCGCGUGAAUGACUCGCUGUCAACGCUACAACAGUCGAGAGACCUCCGAACUCGAGAUGCAGAGACGGUUUUGAGGAAGCUCUCACGGCAAUUGGCGACGCUUGAAUCCCAGCGAAAGGAAGUCGUUUCUGGUCACGAUAGUGGACGCCAUGCAAGCGAGAUUGUACAGCUUGACACCAGGAAGUUCCGCAUUGCAAAGCAGGCUUCGGAACUGGAAGUUGAAAGUGAGAGGCUGGAGGCUGAGCUCGAAAGGUUGAAGCAGCGCUUGGCCGACCUGGAUGAGCAAGGGGUGGAAGGGGACGAAACGACUCGGCGGGCACGAGAGGCCGAUGACCCUACCAUCCUGCGACUGUGGCUCUACAGAUCUCUGGGCAUCAUGCUCGAACAGGACGAAGCAGGCAACUACAACAAGGCAACCAUUGGAAACACCAAGAAGGGAGAUGUCCACGUUGUGAACAUUGAUCCAAAGUUCUCGAGAUGGUUCUAUGCAGACUAUUUCUGGCAGACAAUGCAAGGCUAG